GUGUGUGUGUAUGCACGAAUGACAUGCCUAUACCCAUACAAAGUCAAACACCGACACAGAAUAGUAUACGUGACCGAUGUAGGGCCCAUGAACAAUCUACCGCUACCACCGACGACUGCAUCUGGGCUUUUAAUGCCCUCCGUUGGCCUGGAGGAAAGAUCAAAGAAGUCACAAAAUAUGACCGAAUGUGUUCCAGUUCCCAGUUCCGAACAUGUUGCAGAAAUCGUGGGACGCCAAGGGUGCAAGAUAAAAGCUUUAAGAGCAAAAACCAAUACCUACAUCAAGACUCCAGUGCGUGGAGAGGAGCCAGUAUUCGUUGUAACAGGACGCAAAGAAGAUGUAAACAAGGCCAAACGCGAAAUACUUUCAGCUGCUGAUCACUUCAGCCUAAUUCGAGCCUCACGGAAACCAUCAAUAGAAGGAUCGAACAGCGGGAUAAGUGGAAGUGGCAAAUCGGGUUCAUUGGCUGUGGGCAUUGUUGCUAGGGCGCAGUCUGGGCCGCCUUGUUUGCCCGGCCAAAUCACAAUUCAGGUGCGUGUACCUUACAGAGUCGUGGGCCUAGUUGUUGGGCCGAAAGGUGCCACCAUUAAGCACAUACAACAAGAAACACAAACAUACAUUGUCACCCCGUCUCGUGAAAAGGAACCCAUAUUCGAGGUAACUGGACUACCCGAAAAUGUGGAGACCGCACGCAAACAAAUCGAGGCUCAUAUAGCCCUACGUACGGGCAAUAGCGCUCAUGGUAGUGAGAGUGGUACGGAAACCUUAGAGUCACACGAAUACGCUACGCUGCACACGAUUAAUACGCUCAGCCAGAUACUAAAUGACGAUCUUAACUCAGAUAUCUUGUCAUCAAUCUAUACAAGCGAUAUUGCACCCAGCAUUAAUUACGUAGACAACUCUCAUAGUGUCAUUGAUAAUAUUUCAAGUUCGAGCACUGCCAACUCUAUCAUGCCAGUGCAUAAUUUAACGAAAUGUUUUCAAACUUCUGAUAUAGUAGAUCUCACACCUAAURUAACUCCAACAACAACAACGGACAGAAACUUCACGCUGGCACUAUCGAGCACUGUAAUUGACCUUAAGGCGCAGGGCUCAAAAACCAAUUCAUUAUUCCGCAAUACAAAUACCAAUAUCAAUGCUAGUCUAAAUGCAAAUGCCAAUGUCAUUGCCAAUAGCGCCAACAUCAAUACCAGUGCAAAUGCCAGUGUCAAUACCAACACCAACAGUAAUAAUAAUACCAAAUCGUUGUCAUUCUGUCCACCCACGUCCGCCUCUGCAAAUAUUUCAUCUGGCUCUUGUCAAUCAAUCUCAACUAACAUAUUAACGCGUUCAUGCUCAUCUGCCUCCUCGACUGCAUCAACUAAAAGCACAAACAACAGCGCCAAUAGUACUAACAGCGUUAAUACUCCUCCAGAGCUGUUGAAUAUAUGGAAAAAAUUGAAUGAUGCAAUUGACGUUGAUGAGGGCAUUGGAGACUCUCCCAGCAUUUGGAAUCUUCCAUCAACCACAACAACUACAGCGGCAUCCCAUUGCUCGCCCACGGCCUCAAUUAGUCCAACGGACUCGCUGCUAGGGGAGCACAGCCUAAACAUUAGUCAGAAAAUUUCAGGCAACAGCACCAAUAAGGAACCAUGCACCAAAAAUGGUUCUUCAUUAUUGCAACAUCAUAAUCAGCGGAACCUAUUGAAGAAUAGUUCAGAUAAAUUACAUCGUGAAUGUUUUGUAUGCAAUGAGAAAGAAGUGACGACCGCUCUAGUUCCUUGUGGUCACAAUAUGUUUUGUAUGGACUGUGCCAAUCAAAUUUGUGUCUCAAUAGAAUCCAUUUGUCCCGUAUGUCACUCAAUUGUUUACCAUGCCAUGCGAAUUUUAGCAUAAAUUAUUUCGAGAGAGGUGUAUGUAAUAUUUAGUAUUAUUUCAACAAUAAUCAAAACUACGUCAAAAUCUAAAAUAAAGAACACCUAAUUUGAGGGCUCCGCAAUGGUAAAUAAGCACUUGUUCAUCUAAUAGAUUUUAAAGGUCAUGGGAGGCUACAUCGAUUUCAUUAAUAGCUUUUACUUAUAUAAUUUGUAAAUGAAAUGGAGAUGCAACAGAAAAUAUUAUGUAUUUUAAAAACAAAAAGACUUUCAAUGAAUUCACUUUUAUUUCGGGAUCAUAAUUUAAAGAAAAUUAGAGGAUUCCCAUCAAAUCCGAUUUCGUACUAGUAUCGGAA